GCAAUCGAGAAAGUUGAUCGCCGCCUUGGACAGCCUCAUCCUCCCACACAUGGACAUUGUCAAGACAGACGCCGUUUGUGCGGCAGCGUUCGAGCUGGCCAAGGCCCAUCUUCUUACUUCGAUUUUGAACCACAGCAUCCGCGUCUUUCUCUAUGCGGCUUCUCAGUCUGGGCCGUCUCGUAACCUCUUUGUGGCCUGCAUCAUGCACGACUUUGGCACUGUUGACGAGCUCUGCAACGGGCCUUGUCGCUUCGAGGUGGAAGGUGCCGACCGCGCCGUGUCACUCAUGGAGUCGCAGUCCCAGCCGAAGGAGGACUGUCAUGAAGUUUGGGUCGCCAUUGCGCUGCACACCAGCCCGCAAAUCGCCGAGAGAAUCUCCGAAUUGGCCAAGACUGUCCGCUUGGCCGUCUUGAGGGACUUUCACCAGGGCUUAGCAAUCGAUGAGGGGCUCGAGAGGACCUAUCCUCGGCUUCAGAUCGAAAAGGAUCUGGGUGACGCUGUCGUCCGACAGUGCCUCCUUGGCGAUCCAAAGAUGAAGGCACCGGCUGCCUCGUGGCCAAACAACCUCUACAAGUCUCACACGGAGAAUCCGGGCUGGGAGGGCAUCAACAAAGGCUUUUGAGGAUGGAGGAAUGUGGGAAUUGCAUGCUUGGAAUGAAUAAGUCAAGUGGCUAAUAACAAUCGAUCGAA